UGAAGGGGAGCCUCCCCCGCCGACCAUCCUCCGAAGGAGCCCCCGCGCCGCCCUCCCCGGAGGAGGAGGAGGAGAAGCCCAGGGGCGAGCCAUGCCCUUCCCGCCGGUGGUGGUGCUGAACGUGGGCGGGAGGCGCUACUCCUUGGCCCGGGAGCUGCUGAAGGACUUGCCGCUGCGCCGCCUGAGCCGCCUGCACGGCUGCCUGCUGGCCUCGGAGCCGGGCGACGAGCGGCAGGUGCUGGAGGUGUGCGACGACUACGACCGCGAGCGCAACGAGUACUUCUUCGACCGCCACUCGGAGGCCUUCGGCUUCCUGAUGCUCUACGUGCGCUACGGGCACCUGCGCUUCCUGCCCCGCAUGUGCGAGCUCUCCUUCUACCACGAGAUGCUCUACUGGGGGCUGGAGGGCUCCCACCUGGACCACUGCUGCCAGCGCCGCCUCGACGACCGCAUGUCCGACACCUACACCUUCUACUCGGCCGAGGAGGAGCUCCUCCAGGCCGAGGGCAGCACCGCCACCGCCAGCACCAGCAGCACCAGUUGCCACCAGCAGCAGCCCCAGCAGCAGCAGCCCCCGGAGAAGAAGUGGCUGGAGAGGAUGCGGAGGACGUUCGAGGAGCCCACCUCCUCCUUGGCCGCCCAGGUGCUGGCCACCAUCUCCAUCCUCUUCGUGGUGGUCUCCAUGGUGGUGCUGUGUGCCAGCACUAUGCCCGAGUGGCGGGCGGCCGAGAACCGAAGCAUGGAGGAGAACAGCAGGUACAACACAGCAGACUCACUCAGGGAGCCUUCAGGGAUAAUUGAAGCAAUCUGCAUAGGCUGGUUCACUGCAGAGUGUAUUGUGAGGUUCAUCGUUUCCAAAGACAAGUGUAAGUUUGUCAAGAGGCCCCUGAACAUCAUUGACUUAUUGGCAAUAACUCCUUACUACAUCUCUGUACUGAUGACAGUUUUUACAGGGGAGAAUUCAGAGCUCCAGAGGGCUGGAGUCACCUUGAGAGUCCUGCGAAUGAUGAGGAUUUUUUGGGUGAUUAAACUUGCUCGUCAUUUCAUUGGCCUUCAGACACUUGGCCUGACUUUAAAGCGAUGCUAUAGGGAGAUGGUGAUGCUGCUUGUCUUUGUUUGCGUUGCUAUGGCAAUCUUCAGUGCACUUGCCCAGCUCCUUGAACAUGGGUUGAAUAUAGGGAAACCCAAUGAAGGUUAUGCCAGCAUCCCUGCUGCCUGCUGGUGGGUUAUCAUCUCAAUGACUACUGUUGGAUACGGAGACGUAUGCCCUGUUACAAUACCUGGAAGGAUUCUUGGAGGGAUUUGUGUGGUCAGUGGGAUUGUUCUGCUGGCUCUGCCAAUUACUUUCAUCUACCACAGCUUUGUGCAAUGUUACCAUGAACUCAAGUUCCGGUCUGCUAGGUACAGUAGGAGCAUCUCUGCUGAAUUCUUAAAUUAACAAAUAGCACAAUUGCAUUUUACAGUAGCCCUUAAUAUAGUGAUUGAUAAAUUGAGGGUCGAGUGGGGAGAUGCCUUUUGUCUUCUCUACCUUUGCCCUCUCUAGCUCAGGCAUGGCCACUUGCUCCUUGCUCCAUACUAGCUGAGCAUGACCAGGGUGAAAGCAAGGAUAAAAGUCGUAAUUUCCUUGGUCUCAUCAAGCAUGAGAGUCUGCAAUUUCUUGAAAAUUGCAGGUGGUAUGCACUGUUUAAAGUGAAGCACA